UACCACUAACAGCAAAGGAUCAGGUACCAAUAAUUCACAACUUAAUAUGUCCUCACUAUCUAAUAGAGUCAUGAACAUGAAGUUCAUGCAAAAAGCAGACGAUUUGAAAAUAAGUGAAGAACGAGAACAAAACCAAAAGAAAAUUGCCGAUUUAUCUGAAUGGGUAUUACCAUAUCUGAAAUCAUUAUUAAAGAUGGCCCAACUGAAACCAAAGAUCGAGUCAGUUGGGUAUGGAAGUAUAAUGAGUGCUCCUACUAGACGAUCUUGGGGCACUAAAGUUGAACAAGAAGCAACACCUAGUCCAGAAAAGGAAGCUAGCAAGAAUAAAUCAGAAGACUUGAACGAGUUAUGGGGAAAACGAACAAAGUCAAACAAUGCCAAUUCAUCGAAAAAGAGACGUCUAUCAUGAUGAGCCAACUUUCCUACUUCUUUUUCUUUGUAUUAUUAGUAUCAUUCACAAAAUUCCCCUUAAUUAAAACAUCCCUGGCGGCAGAAUUGAUAUGUUUAAACCGAUCUGGUCCUAAAUGUAUCCCACCAAACCAUCUACUAACAACAACAAUAACAUUCCAUGCAUCCAUCAUCUAGUUCUUAGUUAGUACUAUAUCCACAAAUAGACAUAAAAGUUCAUACA